AUGGGCCUCCCAACGAGUGCUGUCCGUCUGAAUCCCUUGGGGAUCGUGACACCACGCUCCACAGAGAUCAUCGUGGCCGUGGAGUGCCUCAAGGCGGGCCAGAAAGCUUGUACGGCAGACAGCAAUGGCAACAUUGGCUCCGGCAACAAGGGCAAGAACAACUUUGGCACGAAGAACGUCGGGGAUGACAACAUAGGCACAGUCGAGUUCACCAUCGUUGACUCAUCUGUGGACGUAACAUUCGUCGUGACCGCCGUGGGUUACAUCCCCAGCGGCAUCAGGUGCAGCCUCUACUCUGCCAACUUCACGUUGUUGACAUACGGUGCAGUGGCUGCAUCAAGCAUGGUUACCACCAUCAACAAUAACGGGGAAAUGGAUUACGUGUUCUUAUACUACAGCAUUGGCUCGGUACUGGCCUUCAUCAACCGCGAAGACCUCAACGAUGUCGCACCGUUAACUCUACUCAAUCCUCCAUCACCAUCCUCGGAUCCCCCCCCGCCCCCGCCAAGCUUUGGAACCAUCACUGGGAGCAUCACCUACAGUACUCCCAGGUUCACAUUUACAGUGUCGACUGGAGUGUCUGCUGCGGACACCCUGUACUACGCAUUCUUCUCUGCAAACGGUGGUCUCGUAGAGAGUGGCAGCGAAACUCCCGACUCCGCCGAUUACACGUGGACCAGCUCCCUGCACCCAAGUCAACUGCCUUUUGUGGCGUACGCCCAGGUGGUGGCAGAGAGCUCGACCAGAGGCCUCUCCAGUGCCUUGACACUGAAUUGGUAG